UCUGAUUGUUGUCGUUGGUGAAACCCCUCCUCCUGCCUCCCCCUGAGCGGGGCCCCGAGCCAGCAGCAGCGCUGCAGAGUGUAGUUCACUUGGGCUAGCGAGAGGAAGCGAGAGGAAGCUAGAGGGGUGCCGCGCGCCUCCAGGACAAGAGCCGCGACAGUAAACUGACUCGGAAUGGAUACUCACGACACAUAUUUACAUCUCCAACACAAAAGAAACUGUAUUUCACCAUGCUGUGAAAGUCAAAACAACACUGGACCACAUUGACUUUCAUUGUAUGGACAAAAAAAAAGAAGAAUCUUUUUGGGAUGAAUUGGAACACUGACUCUGAGCUUGACCCUAUCAUCAGUACCUGACCUCAUUGAUGCUUGUGAUUCCCUGUAGUUUCAUUCCAAGACACUAGUGCUCUUAAUUCACCCCCCUCUCAGCCGCCACCCCUGAGCUCCAUGGUGGGUCAUCCAUCCGUCAUCAGUUCGUCCCGCCCUCUGCAGUCGCCCGUGAACACCCUGGGCUCAUCCAUGAAUGGCCUGGCCUCACCCUACUCGGUCAUCGGCCCAUCUCUGGGUUCACCGUCCGUUUCCUUGCCCUCUACUCCCAGUAUGGGCUUUAACACCCUCAGCAGCCCACAGAUGAACUGUUUAAAUGUGAAUAGCUCAGAAGACAUCAAGCCUCCACCAGGAUUGGCUCCGCUGAGCAACAUGAGCAGCUAUCAGUGUAGCAGCCCUGGAUCCCUCUCCAAACACAUCUGUGCCAUUUGUGGGGACCGAUCUUCAGGGAAGCACUAUGGUGUUUACAGUUGUGAAGGUUGCAAAGGCUUCUUUAAGAGGACCAUCCGAAAAGACCUGACCUACACGUGUCGAGACAGCAAAGAGUGCCUGAUCGACAAACGCCAGCGCAACCGCUGCCAAUAUUGCCGCUACCAGAAGUGCCUGGCCAUGGGCAUGAAGCGGGAAGCAGUCCAGGAAGAGAGGCAGCGUGGGAAGGAGAAAGGUGAUAAUGAGGUGGAAUCAACAAGCAGUUUGAAUGAAGACAUGCCUGUGGAUAGGAUUCUGGAUGCAGAACUUGCAGUAGAACCUAAGACUGAGACAUACACAGAGAACAGUCCAGGCAACUCAACAAAUGACCCAGUCACUAAUAUCUGCCAUGCAGCUGACAAACAACUGUUUACUCUGGUGGAGUGGGCCAAGAGAAUACCUAAUUUCUCUGAUCUGCCUCUGGAUGAUCAGGUCAUUUUGCUUCGAGCAGGAUGGAAUGAGCUUCUCAUUGCUUCAUUCUCUCAUCGCUCAAUCACAGUUAAAGAUGGCAUCUUGCUGGGCACAGGCCUCCAUGUCCACAGGAGCAGUGCUCACAGUGCAGGUGUCGGCUCCAUUUUUAACAGGGUAUUGACUGAGCUGGUGUCUAAAAUGAAGGAUAUGCAGAUGGAUAAGACAGAACUAGGCUGCCUUAGAGCCAUCGUCCUCUUCAACCCUGACGCCAAAGGCUUGUCCAACCCAGUGGAGGUAGAGGCACUGAGGGAGAAAGUUUACGCCUCACUGGAGACCUACACUAAACAGAAAUACCCUGACCAGCCUGGCAGGUUUGCUAAACUUUUGUUGCGUCUUCCUGCCCUCCGAUCCAUCGGACUCAAGUGUUUGGAGCACCUAUUUUUCUUUAAGCUGAUUGGAGACACACCCAUAGACACUUUCCUAAUGGAGAUGCUGGAAGCACCCCAUCAGAUCACGUGACACAAGUUCCAACGGACCAUUUUUUGUACAUAUUCUUAUGUGACUAAUAUAAUAACGAACUUGUUUGAAGAUAUUGCAGUACGCUGCAUAUUUUAUACCAAGCACAAAUUAUUAUUCUUUUAAAAAAAUAUUGUCAGGGGAACAAGAGGAGCAAGUCUCAAAAUAUACAGAUUAAAUUAAUUUUACUGGUAUGGUUUUGAGAAAAAAAAAUUCUGUAAAUAGCUAAUAUCAGGUAUUCAUUGUGGCAAGACAAUGCAAUAAAGAAAUUAUAUUUUAUUCAAGGAAUGUUUAUCAACCCAAACAGUAAUUUCUAAAAUGAAGUUUAGAAUUAUGUUCAAAAUAAAUAUUUAAAUACUAUGUCCUUUUUUUUUGGGGGGGAAGAAUAAAAAAUAAUGAAGGAGCUUGUUAUUUUCUGUCCUUAUUUUACUGGAGUAUCUAACUUUUUUCCCUGUAAAACCAAAAGCCUUUAAAGAGCAGGCGAUUGUUUGAGAUGUGGUGUUGUCCAAUUUUAAAUAUCUCAAUCUCAAAUAAAUGACAUUUUAGCAAAACACUGCAUCAUAUACCUUAUCUGGCGCAGUGUGUUCCGUCCGCUAGAUGGCGCCAUUUUACGAUUCAAACCAUAAUUGAACUUUAACGUGUGGCUGUGGUGGCUUUCUCAUUUUCAGUGUGGAAAGGCUGUGAUUGCUCUGAAGCUAAAACAAGUUCGAACUGUCAUGUGGGAAAGUAGAGUAUAAGAUUUCUUGCCCAAACUUUUGAUAUCUUA